AUGAACAUGCCUAACGCAGUGGACGACCUGGUUACCCACCAUGGGUCACUCAAACAGUUUCUGCAGACGGAACAACACGAGACGGACAUCAAGCGCAGCGCGUCGUCGUCCGCACGGGUCCACAAGGCCCGUGAAAAGCUGCUCAAGCUGUCCCGUCUGCAAUUUGCAGAGCUCUCGACCGACGUGUACGACGAACUGCAACGAAGACAGGGUCUUAGCUACGAGACCCAAGACUAUCUAGCUCCGCGGUCGAAUUUCCAUCCCAAGCGAAAUCAGGCCCGCCAGAAGCUGUCCACUCUGCCAGUCUCGCGGUUUAGAGACCUGGCUAGUGACAUUCAGUACGAGAUUGAGCGUCGGCAUGAGGAGAUCGGUGUUGCUGCGCACGAAAUUGGCCAGCCCCAAGACCACCAUCUUCAGGAUCACACCAUGGGCCAUGCCGUCGAUGUGCCUAUGCAUCUAGAGAAUGAUAGAAGCUACGAGGACGGACUCACCAACGGUCACAACAAAGACCACAACAACCACAUGGAUGUACCGACAGAUAUCGAUCCGGACACGUCGUUCGAAGUCACCAAUCAGCCACUAACAUACGACAAUAAUAGCUAUGGAGUGGCAGUGGAUGCCGUACCGGCUAUUCAAGUGGAUGACAGCCACGUGACCGAGAACCACAGCGGCGAGCACGACCGCGCUCCUAGUCAACAGAGCCAACGAUCUUUCCCCGAAAGUGGCACCCUCCAAUCCAAGACGCUCAUUCCCAACAAGAGUACGCUGGUGGAAGAGACCGACUCGGAGGAAGAUGAGGAGGAAGAAAAUGAAGACGAGGGGCAAGAUCAGCGUUAUGUGGAGGACGAGGAUCACACUGCCACUCCUGCUGCAUAUGGUCAGAACUCACUCAAUGCUCAGAACGACUUCGCCAACAGCACCCAACCUUUGCAUGCUAGAAAUGUCAGUCAGACCAGCAGUGAACACAGGCAUCACAUUGGCAACAACGCUCCUACCUACGACAUUCAAAGUGCCACUAGAGACGUCAGUCAAGACAACCACAACAACAGCCACUCGUUCCAUCCCGAGACCAUUCAUCCCGAGGACGUUGAUACUUCUAAGGUGAUAGACUCUCCCGAAUUGGACGACGACGAGCUUCUGGGUGGACCUACAGGUCACACCCAGGUUGGGUACACACAUGUUCCUACUCCUAGCGACUUUGAGCCUGAGUUUGAAUCCAACACAGCCACCAGAGGUCCGAACGACAAGAGUGUUACUUCUGCUUCUGCUUCUGCCGAGUCGGAGGACCUCAAAAACAAACUGGUGGACGCAGAGAACAUGUCCAAGAGCUUGAUGGAGGAAAACGAGCAGCUGCACGAGUUCAUCAAGUCGCUGGAGUCCGAAAAGGCGCGUCUUGUGGAGACCUGCAACGCCCAGGUGGAGACUUUGGAGGAGGAAAAAACACAGCUGCGGGAGAUUAUUGGCACACGAGAUGUGGACCUGGAGGACUUGCGGGGUCGCCACGAGACUCUCGUCGAUAAACAAUCCAGUUUGGAUGACUCCUACACUUCUCUGGCUACCCGUGUCAGUUCUCUCGAGGCUGAAUUGGAGCUCAAGGAGGUUGAGCUGGACAAACUUCAGGGAGAGCUUGAGCAGGUGAAUAUUGAGCAUAAGAAUGAGCUUGAGUCUGUUCGAAAGGAGGCUCUCAAGCAGAGCUCUCACAACGGUUUGCUUGCUGGAGGGGUUGGAGCUGGUGCCGGAGCUGCUGCUCUCAGUGCUCUUUCUGGCUCUGGAUCUCGUGAGCGAGGUCUCGAUCGAGGUAUUGACUACGAUCGUCUUCCUUCCAUCUCUCCUGACACUUCUAUUGACAAGAGCAUGCCUGCUGUUGAGGAUAUGGACUCUGAAGCCAUUCUGAACCUGCAGAACCAGCUCAGAGAGCAGAGAGAGAAGACUUCCGAGGUCAAGAAGCAGGCUGCUGUUUUCCUGGCUGAGAUGAAGUCUCUGGCUGCCAAGUCUCACGACCACGAGGUGGCUCUCAGAGAGGUCAACGAGCUCAAGGCCGAAAUUGAGCAGUGGAAGGCUCGAUACUCUAAGACCAAGGCCACGGUUCGGUCUCUCCGAUCGUCUGUUUAUGGCACAAGUGGAAUCGUUCAGCCUGCCAUUGAGUCUACCAAUCCCUUUGUUGAUGAAGUUCAUGGUCUGGUGGAGGAUGUGUCUCUCACGAAGUUCCAGCUUGCCACAGAUGAGUAUCUGCUCAAGUCCCGGGAUGUUGGAAGCGACCAUUCAGAGCUUCUUCAUCAUCUUCACAGAGUAAUUGUUGCUACUCGAAAGGUCACUGAUGACUCCAAUGAUGUGUCUACAGAGGGAGGAGCUCGAGACUACCGAACUCCUCUCCUUUCCAACCUAUCUUCCAUUGUUUCCAAGACCGCCAACCAACUGAUCACGUGCACUAAGAACCACGCCACGUCGUCUGGUCUGCUCCCUAUCUACUUGUUGGAUGCUUCUGUGGCGAAUCUUGCCUGUGCCGUCAUUGAGCUUGUGAAGGUUGCCAAGAUCCGGUCUGAGAACGGUGAGAAGCGUGCUCUGACACGCGAGGGUCUUGGCCUGGCUCUUGGAAGCGGUGCUGGCAGCGUCAGCACUCGCAACACCACUCGAAACACCUCUGUUUCGUCCGUUUCGGGCUACCCUUCUGCUUCUACAAACUCCAACCAUACUCCAAUUCGAGCAGGUCUCUCUGGAGCUAACGCUGGAGGUGUGAGCUUUGACUCGUAUCCUCUUUCUCCUUCUUCCCAGACGGACGGACUUACUCCUCCCCACCAGAUUCCAUCUCGAUCUGACUCCUUAUCUUCCAAUGAGGGAGUCUCCGUCGAGUCACCCGUCAAGACACCGUCCAAGGGCAACAGCCGGCUACGAACUCUGCGACUCGUUUCGGCUCCUUCGUCUCUCCGAGACAAGAACAAGAAGCGAGGUGACGGCGAAGAAUUAAGCCGAGAUCCCAGCCAUGAGCUUCCUGAGAUCCCCCAUGAUGUUGAUGGUAACAAGAACGAGUCUCAUUCCAUUCGAGAGACCCUCUCUCUUUCUUCCCAGGUUGCGGAGUUGAACGUUCCCAAGACUAGAUCUCGACAGAUCUCUGAGGAAUCUGCUGGGCCUAUCGAUCCUCUGACUACUCAACCUUUGUCGACUCACUCCGCUGAACCGGUUUCAACUCACUUUACUGAGCCUCUUUCGAUGCACUCCACUGAGCCUCACUCCACUGAGCCUCACUCUACUGAGCUUCACUCUGCUGGGCCUCUUUCUUUUUCUGAGCCUCUGGCCGAUAGAGAGAUGGCUGACAGCGUGCCUGAAAAGGUGUCUGAAAAGGUGGAGGCGGACUCCUCUUCCACGACCAACGGCUUUGGCGGUGCCUUCGGUGCUGCCGUUGGCGCUGUUACAGCUGGAGUGGCUGCUCUUUCAUUCGGUCAGAAGAAGAAGGACGGUUUAAAGGAGACGGAGUCAGAGACUGAGUUCCAACCUCGGGAUCUCGACACCGAGUUCAAGCCCCGUGACUUGGACGCUGAGCUUGAUUUCCAUCCUCGAGAGCUGGAUGCCGAAUCUGGUCUUCAGCUCAAGCCUCGGGAUUUGCAAGCAGCGGGCCAGAGCCAGGCUCUCAACUUCACGUCUCAUCAGGCAGACGUGGAGCCCCGAACUCUGGACCAGGACCGUGUUCUCGACAAGGCUCGUGAGAUGAACAAUGCCCGUGAGCACGGUGCCGAAGAGGGACAUGGAUACUCCAUUGGGCAGAAUGUGUACUCUGGUUCCAACAAGGAAUACUUUGAUUGUCAUCCCAACGGUGAGGACGGUCCUGCUGAGCCUGAAACUUUCGACGGUCCUCUCCACGAAAUUCAGCGAUACGACUACGUGUCUGCUCAGGAACUUCGAGCUGCUGAGAAGCGUGCUGACGAGGAAACCCGCGCUAUUGCUGUUGUUGGAGACGGGGAUGACGACGAGCAUGACGACGAGGAAGUGGAGGAAGAUGACUUUCAGGAUGCUCACUUUGAGCCUGUUCAUGCUCACACAGAGUCUAUUCAGCCCCAUGUGGCUUCCAGUGGGGUCGAUGGUCAUGCACCAACCCCCAACGAGCUCAGCACUGCAGCCAUGGCCGCUACUGCUGUUGUGGGCGCUUCCAUGGCUGGUACUGGUGUUGCUUCGGCCCUUGGCAAGUCGUACGCCUCUCCUGCCAUUGCUUCCCCUGCUCUGGACUCUUCUGCCACUUCAAUGUCUUCUCCUGGUGCCUUUCAUCCCCAGGAGUCUUUCGAUCCUCAGGCCACUUUUGAGCUUCCCAGUGCACUUCGGGAAGUUGUGAGCCAGUCGCCUGACAUUUCUCAUGUGUCAAACAUGUCUGAGAACCAGGAUGAUACUACGGAGCUCACUCAGAUGAGCGACGAUGGCAAUGUCAAGCCCCGAGGUGUUGAUUCACCCAAGUCUCGAGAAGACUACGACACUCUUCUUGGCGGCGAGGAUCACGAGGGUCACCACUACGACAAUCACAGCACUCCACUGACCCAUUCUGUCACUUCUGUGCAGGAUGCGCCUCAGCCUCGCGAGUCUCUCACCAGUGAAAUCAGUGAGAUUGAUGAUGGGCAUGUUCCCCCCGUCAAAGUGGCUCAACAUCAGUUUGAGGGCCACUCUGAGGAGAUCGAGAGUGGUGAGGACGGCAGUGAGCUGGAGAGCAGCGAAGAGGAGGACAGUGACGAAGAGGAUGAUGAGGACGAGUCAGAGUCCGAGUCAGAGGACGAGCAGAUCAUUGCUGCGGAUCUGGGCAUUUAUCUGCCCAAGGCCGUCAAAUUCGAUGGUGAAGAUCCCGACAACACCGUGGAGGAUCUGCAAUAUUACCUUGAGGAGCAGUGUGUAGAAGUCAUCGAGGCUAUUCAGAAUCUGCUGACAGCCAUCAAGGGCAAUUCCAACAUGAUUGCCAUCUCCGCUCACUCUCGAGCCAUUUGCAAGGUUGUGCUAUGCAUGGUGGAUGCCACUUCUCAGUCCAUGGCCCAGACUCGAAACCAUCUGCUUAAGGAGAAUGGCACUUGGAUUUGCCAGGAUCUGCGGGCCUGCACGGAUAGAAUGAAGAUGAUCUUCAAGGACGACAAGUUCGUUAAGCCCGGAGCCGAGUACCCUCCCAAGCAGUUCAAGCAGCGGCUUGCUGGUCUUUCGUUUGAUCUUACCAAGUGUACCAAGGAGUUGGUCAAGACAGUCGAGGAGGUUUCCCUUCAGACGGAAAUCGGCGAGAUUGACCGUCAGAUUGCACAUAAUUAA